AUGACGGCUGCUGAAAUUCUGGACGUUUCUAACGAGAAGAAGUACUGGCGCUCAAUUUCUCAGGUUAGAGAGUACGUGGUUCUGGCGAAGCAAGACAAGGAGGGGAUGAUUUGGCGUCUUUAUCCCGAUGAAGAACCUCAUCCUGCCUUGGACGGGAACAGGCAACACAGGGAAUGGUUCAAUGUUGCUCUGUUGAAACGCACAAUGCAUUUUGUACGUUUGCGGGUAUGGGUUAGAAACAUGUCGACCAAAGAUUCUUGGUGA